GGCGGGGUGUUGCGGCUCGCUUGUAGCGGCCAUGGGCAGCGUACGCUGGGCCUUCCCCUGCGCCGCUUGGCGCCCCUGCCGCGAAGAGUGGCUGCUGGCGGCGCGGCUGGUGCAGCCCGAGGAGAAGGACCGCAUCGGCCAGUUUGUCUUUGCCCGCGAUGCCAAGGCCGCCUUGGCUGGUCGCCUGCUGAUACGGAAAUUAAUUGCAGAAAAGUUGCGCAUACCUUGGAAUGAAAUAACCUUGCAAAGGACAUCGAAAGGAAAACCUUUCCUGGCAAAUAAUAUAUUCGGUAUCUAUUCAAAUUACAAUUUCAAUGUCUCUCAUCAAGGAGAUUAUGCAGUUCUUGCAGCUGAGCCUGAGCUUCAAGUUGGCAUUGAUAUUAUGAAGACUAAUUUACCAGGUAGUAGCUCAAUACCAAAUUUCUUUCGCAUCAUGAACCGACAGUUUACUGAAACAGAGUGGGGUAUAAUCAACUCUAUGGGUAAUGAAUGGAUGCAGCUGGAUAUGUUUCAUCGGUACUGGGCCUUAAAGGAAAGCUUCUUAAAGGCUAUUGGAGUUGGAAUCGGCUUUAACUUGCAAAGAAUUGAGUUUAAUGUGUCCCCAUUGCAACUGGAAAUAGGGAAGGUGUAUAAGGAGACAAAAAUGCUUCUGGAUGGAGAUAAAGAAGAAGAGUGGACAUUUGAGGAAACCCGGUUAGAUGACCAUCAUCAUGUUGCAGUGGCUCUCGGGAAACAGGAGGGUUGCGGACAGAAGCAUUCUGAUGUAUCUUCCGUGGACCCUGACCAACCACAGUUUACAUUAUUGACUUUUGAAGAUUUAGUUGCAUCUGGUAUUCCAGUUGCACCUGAGGAUUCUGCAUAUUGGGAUAAUUUUUGUUCUAAACAGGAGAGUCCAGUGAAACAGAAUUCACAUUCAAGAUAAGAACGCUUGUAAGAAAAAGAAAAUUGUCACAGUUGUUAUGCUGAAGUGUGGGAAUAAGUGUACAUGUGUAAAUGAGACAUGUUUUUCCUUAUUUAAACUAACAGUCUGAUUUUCACCUUUUUAAAAUUGUCGUUCUUUGUCAAUAUCUUAAGGAAGAUGCAUGUUUCUCCACUGAAGGAAUUCUGAGUGAAAAGCGUAAGCUGACCCCAUGCUGUUUUGCUUUUCCAUGCCUGUGGUUCUUACACUUCGAUAAUUACCUGCACUAGGAACAGGGAGCAGAGUUACAAUAAUGUUGAUUAGUCAACAAGUGUUUAAUAUAUAAAAAUGUGUUUCUGCAUUUCAUUUAUGCUGAAGCUUAAGUUACGAUUUUGCCUUUUCUCUUACAAAAAAUAGUAGUUUUAUUCUAAGAUGGAUGAAUAAAGCCAGAAGAAUUGGUAUAAAUCCUUUUGCUGUUACUAUAUGGUGCUAUAUGCUACUAUUUGGUGCAUGCAUUUGUACAACACUUUGUGUAAUGGCAGACUGAAGAGGUCUAUAGUCUUGGAACUAUAUCUGUGCAAAACUAGUUUGAAGCAGGGAAUUAACUUUUAAGCAUUUUGCAUCCUUUUCAUUUACAGUCUUCGAUAAUUAAAGCUCCCUGUGUGUAACUUUGGAUUGGAUUUUUAACAGUUCUUUUUGUAUUUUUUCCCCUCAGCAAUAGAUAAGAGCCAAACAGCAUUUCAGUUUUCCUAGAUUUGCAUUUACAUGUGUAUUGUCCUAGACACUGAGUCAUGGGGAGAGGGGAGGAAACAACAAAAAACCCCUAUUUACUUCUUUCCGAAUAGUCUUGUAACAUCUGAAGACAGAAUAUUUUAUUGUCUUACAGAGAAUUAAAAUUUCUGGAGAAGAUCUGUAGAUCUCGAGUGCUCCUUUAGAGUAUUUUGUAUUCUUUUUCAAAACAAAUCCUCUUUCCUGCUUUAUCUCUCACUUUUCUUUCUAGAAGUCGUAGGUACAUUAUGGUCUAUCUAAAUGUAACGAAACGUACUGAACAGAAUGAGUCAUACCAGAUGGAAUGAUUUUCACAACUAAAAAGAGUUAAUUUCUGUCCUACAGUUAAACAUAGGUCUUCAGUGAAUUCAAGUUUGUGUACAACUCCGCUGCACCCCGUAUUCUGACUAAAGGAGAAUCUACUUGUAACCUUUGAAGCCAUGCCUUAUUACAAAGAUAAAGAAAAGGUUUUGAGAGAGAAGGAUAUGAGUUUUACAAUAUUAUACAAGCUUUUGGAGUUUUGCUGUAGAUAAUUCUGAAUUCAAAUAUGCUGUUAAUCUUUCCUACUUCCACCAGUUCUGAUUAAUAUUUUUAUUUCCAUUCAAAUGACUCUGUCAUGUUGCAUGGAAAUCAUAGUUUUUGGUGGUUUGCUUUCCAAAACUGCAAAUCAAGGAAGCAGUGACUUUUCUCUUCAGGCUCCACAGGGGUUAUGUUAGAUGUUCAGUAACUUCAAAUCUGAAGUUAACAGAAAUAUAGAAUAAUUCAUAUACAAAUUGUAAGUCCAGUAUUCCAGACGGUAAUGUUUUGUUUUGUUUUGUUUUGUUUUUAGUUAAAUACAACUUGCAAUAAAUAAUUGGCACUUCGUGGAGGCCAGAAAAGGCUAUUCAGUGGAUAUGUAACAGUAUCAUUUACUGGGAUAGGAUAUUUUUAACUGAUUCAGUUGAUUCUGUCUUAUUCUGUUCUACCUGAAGUGUACUAUAAUCCUAGAUGGCAAGCACAUGAAGGUGCUUAAUAGCUGAGAUAACUAGAACCGUUGCCAAGCUGAAAGGAUGGACUUGCUCUGCCACAGGUUUUUGAAGUCUGCAGAAUAAGGAGGCCUAUUCAGAGUAUGAUUUGAUUCUUAGAGAAGCAAGGAGGGAAGUAAUCAGAAACGCCACCUUGGACUUUUGGAGAGCGGAAUUUGGUCUUUUCAGGAGCCUGCUUGACAGAGUCCCUUGGGAGGCAGUCCUGAAGGGUAAAGCUGUCCAGGAAGCCUGGAGGUUUUUCAAGAAGGAAGUCUUAAAGGCACAGGAGCAGGCCAUCCCCACGUGCCGAAAAACAAGCUGUUGGGGAAGAAGACUGGCCUGGCUGAACAGAGAGAUAUGGUUACAACUCGGGGGGAAAGAAGGAGAAUUUAUGACCUUUGGAGGAAGGGGCAGGACACUCAGGAAGACUACAAAGAUGUUGUGAGGCUAGGUAGGGAGAAAAUUAGAAGGGCCAGAGCCCAACUAGAGCUUAACCUGGCUUUGGAUGUUAAGGACAAUAAAAAAAGUUUCUAUAAAUACAUUAGUAAUAAAAGGAGGACUAAGGAGAAUCUCCAUCCUUUAUUAGAUGGGGGCAGUAACAUGGUGACAAAGUAUGAGGAAAAGACUUCUAUGCCUCAGUCUUUAGUAGUAGAAUCAGUUGUUCCCUGAGUACCCAGACUGCUGAGCUAGCAGAUAGGGGCAGGGAGCAGAAUGAAGCCCCCGUAAUCCAAAGGGAAAUGGUGACAGAGGGAUCUGCUCCAUCACCUGGACAUACACAAAUCUAUGGGGCCGGAUGGGAUCCACCCGAGGGUACUGAGGGAGAUGGUGGAAAUGCUCACCAAGCCACUUUCCAUCAAUUACCAGCAGUCCUGGCAAACUGGGGAGGUUCCAGUCGACUGGUCUCUAGCAAAUGUGACACCCAUGCACAAGAAGGGCAGGAAGGAUGAUCCAGGGAAUUACAUGCCUGUCAGCCUGACCUCGGUGCCUGGGAAGGUCAUGGAACAGAUCAUCCUGUGUGCCAUUAUGCGGCACAUGAAGGACAACCAGGCGAUCAGGUGCAAUCGGCAUGGGUUCAUGAAAGGCAGCUCCUGCUUGACAAACCUGAUCUCCUUCUAUGACAAAGCGACCCGCCUGGUGGAUGAGGGAAAGGCUGUGGAUGUUGUUUACCUGGACUUUAGUAAAGCCUUUGGUACGGUUUCCCACAGCAUUCUCCUGGAGAAACUGGCUGCUCAUGGGUUGGAUGGGUGUGCGCUUUGCUGGGUAAAAAACUGGCUGGAGGGCCAGGCACAAAGAGUGGUGGUGAAUGGAGUUAAAUCCAUGGUGGCCAGUGUUGCGUGAAACGGGGCCAAGCGGUUUUGGCAGAAGAUAAACCCCCUUGCGUUCUAACACUCCUCACCGAGGCGGGAGGCUAGGUGCAGCUAGGUUUAAAUUCUGAGUGAUGCCCAAUUCAGCACUAUCAGUCCAAUCGCGUUUAAUAUGUAUUAAACUACUACGAUUUGGAUACGCUAAUAGUGGACUGCACCUUCAGUCUAGUCGUGCUCCUGAACUAGCACGGCCUCUCUCAAGUUUUGGUCGCGUUCAGUGAGAAAGCGAAACGACUAGCUACUUAAACAGUGCAGUUUAUUUAAACAACAGAUAUACAGGUUCUUUAGGAUUGCCGGUGAUAAACACACUGUCUGCAAAGCACGUGCAAAUAAGGAUAUUGCUAAGUAUACAAACGCGCGACAAAAUUAUAAACGAUACAGCCUGGCUAUAAAUGUAGGGUAGAGAUUCUCUAGAGAAAUUUCUAAGUCCCCGAGAAAGCGCUCGGUGUAAUCAAAGUCUUACCCAAAGGCGUCCCUAUGGGGGGGAAGAAAGGCUCAGCCCGUCGACUGAUCCCGGAAAUCAGCGGUGGAAUUCUUCGCGAUGGUGUCUUCCCUGACAUCCCCUCUCUCUCGGGCUAUUUUUAUAUUAUUUUUUUAUCUUCGAAGUGGAGUUUGAGUGACUUUAGUCAUACGUACUUUUAUUAUGAUUAAUGUAUUCAAGGAGGAGUGUUCACACCUCGGGGGCGGAUAGCCUCCGGGAUGGAGGUGUGUUUUGGUACAUUGUGGUGAGCAAAGUUCGCACAAAAGGACAGCAUUUCAUCAACAUUUGAUGAAAUGUUGGCUCGGGUAGCGUGUAGGCCGCUUAUCAGUUCCGUAGUACCAUCUCGUCCCCAUAUCUGCUAUUCCUCACAAAGGAAGGCCACGGAACAAGCGUGUUCCGUUCCAUCCCUCGUGUAGUUUCGCAAACAACCUUGUACAGGGAAUCACAGAUGUUGCAUUCUUCAUGUGCUAGCUGCGGCUGUAUUCUACCUCAGAAGCCUCUUGAUUUUAUGACUUUCCUUAAUGUGUGAACAAUGCUGUAUUUUUGUAUUCUUGGCCAAUUUAGUAAUUAUUCCACAGCCAGUCAUGUGUGGCGUUCCACAGGGCUCGGUAUUGGGGCCAGUUCUCUGUAAUAUCUUUACCAAUGAUCUGGAUGAGGGGAUUGAGUGCAGCCUCGGCAAAUUUGCAGAUGACACCAAGUUGGGUGGGAGUGUCAGCCUGCUUGAGGGUAGAAAGGCUUUGCAGAGGGAUCUGGACAGUCUGGAUCAAUGGGCUGAGGCCAAUGGUACGACGUUCAACAAGGCCAAGUGCCGGAUUCUGCACUUGGGUCACAACAAUCCCAUGCAGCGCUACAGGCUUGGGGAAGAGUGGCUGGAGAGCUGCCUGGCAGAAAAGGACCUGGGGGUGUUGGUCAAGAGCCAGCUGAAUAUGAGCCAGCAGUGUGCCCAGGUGGCCAAGAAGGCCAACAGCAUCCUGGCCUGUAUCAGGAGUAGUGUAGUGAGUAGGACUAGGGAAGUGAUCAUCCUCCCUGUACUCAGCACUGGUGAGGCUCCACCUCGAGUACUGUGUCCAGUUUUGGGACCCUCACUACAGGAAAGACCCUGAGGUGCUGGAGCAUGUUCAGAGAAGGGCAAUGAAGCUGGUGAGGGGUCUGGAGAACGAGUCUUAGGAGGACCGGCUGGGGGAGCUGGGGUUGUUCAGCCUGGAGAACAGGAGGCUGAGGGGAGACCUUAUCGCUCUCUACAGCUACCUGAAAGGAGGUUGUAGCAAGGUGGGGGUUGGUCUCUUCUCCCAAAUGACAAGCAAUAGGACAAGAGGAAAUGGCCUCAAGUUCUGCCAGGGGAGGUUUAGAUUGGAUAUUAGGAAAACAUUUUACACUGAAAGGGUUAUCAGCCAUAGCAGGCUGCCCAGGGAAGUGGUGGAAUUGCCAUCCCUGGAAGUAUUUAAAAGACGGGUAGAUGUGGUGCAGAGAGAUCAGGUUAAGUGAUGGUUUUUGUCAGAGUUACGUUGAUGGUUGGAUUUGAUGAUCUGAAAGGUCCCUUCCAACGUAGAGAAUUCAAUGAUUCAGUAAGAGGCUGGGGAGUACUGAGCUCUAUGGCUGGCUGGCUGUUAAGUGGUCCAGUAUAGGCCAUUCCUCACCAGUCACUGAGGACCCCAUCAAUUGCAGAUGUACCAGCCAGUUUAAAUUGCCAGCCUUUUUGCUGGGACAAUGAAAUGAAUGGCAAAUACGGUGUGAGAUGAAUACAGAAUUUUCAGGGGGUAGAUUUCUGGGGGUGAAGGAGUUCAUUUCAUAUUAGAGAUGAUAUAUUUUUGCUUGGUGGCAGUGUCUCAAAACAAUUUUUUCUCUCAUUGGAAAGAGUUUAAAAAGUAUUAAUGAAAUUAUUUAUAAUAUUGCACUUGCAUGUAAGGAGAGGACAAACCAAUUUUGUUAAAUUAGAAAAUUACACUUGGUUUGCUUGCCAGGAGUAUGUAAUUUUCAGGACUAUAUCUAAUUAGAAAGGUUAGAAAAACAAAUGAGUUUGGUUUGAUUAGCUUUCUAUGAAAUAAAAGCAUCGUUUCUAACAGACCAGACAGAAUUGUCGAGAAGAUUGCAGUUCCUCGCAUUAUAAUUUUUUCCAUGUCUUUGAUUUACACUGAGCUAUUUGAAAAAUAAGAUUAAUCUCUCUCUUUUUCUAACCUUAGGUAGCAAUAAGGUUAGGUGAUGAUAAUGCCUUGUGAAGAGCCACUUGAGUUAGGUUGUUUAGUGUUAGUGCAAAUGGACAGAAUUUUUACACUUGCUCUACCACUGUGGGGAAGAGCAGCUGUAUACUUAUGCAAUUAUCAGCUAAAAGCAUGCUCCUAAAAGGCCAGCAGGACACUGACUCUUAAUGAAUGUGAGUGAAUGUUUUUCUAGGCAUCUGUGUACUGUAGAGGCAUAUAUUGAAAUAAAUAUUGGUAGCAUGUUCGGAUAAGUUAAUGUACUCUCACAGGUCUUAAGAUUUCUUUUUUAUUUCACCAUCACACUUUCCCUUAUAUAAAAAAUUGAGCCCUGUAUCCACAUAUGGCUGUCACACAGGCUUCCUUGCAUUUCCUCAGAAUAUAGUUGUAAUGUCCGUAGAGUGUCUCUGCCAUCUCUAGAAAUACUGAUCCAGCACAACUCCAGCUUCCCUCCCUAGUUUGGCUUGUUGGCCCAGUCCAGUGCAGAUGAGCUGACCUUUGCAGGUUUCCCGUCACUCUUCUAUCUGCAGGAAACUUCCCAGUUAUGUCUAGAAGCCCUCUGGCAUUCAGGUUCCAUCCCCAGAGCUCCAUUCCUUUAUCUGUUUUGUUUCCUUAUACUGCCCUACUUGUGACCAUACCAUGAACCUGGAUCCUAGAGGGUAAGAAGCUGCAAAAACACAAGCUCUGCUCCACAUGAGCCUUUCCCAGCAGGGGCUGUGGCUAGGUACUCAUUUUCCGGAUGGAACAGGAGGGGCCAGCCUUCCUGUUUCUUAAAGGACAAGUUUAGAUCUUAGAUGAGAUCAGCUGCCCUAGGCUACAGAUCAGCCCAAUGUUUAUGAGGAGUAACUAUUAACAUUCUCUGACGUAAAACUAAAAAAUGUUUUAAAAAUUUUCCGUCUUCAGUCAACAGAUUGGGAAAAGUGAAUAAAUGUGGUUUAGUUUGGACAUUUUAUCUUGUUCAAACCUUUGUGUAUCUUUCAUAGGAAUUAUUUGAGUGGAUUAGGAACUUCAGGGGAUAAAACUGUUCAAGACAAUUUGCAUCUGUGUGACAAGGGGCUGGUGCCAUUUGAUGUGAAAAUCUGUAACUUGAAAAAGUGGAUCAUAUGAAUUCACUCUUGGCCUUUCACAGCGUCCAUAAACCUAUGCAAGAUGUAUAGUGUUACUAUAUUAUGAUGUCAAAUGCACUGAUGUUAAUGAAAUGUAUGUACUUCAUGUUCCUCCAGAAUACAGAUGUUUUGGAUUGCUCUACACUGUAUAGAAAAUGUAGGCAUGAAAAUAAGUUCUGAAUUCUUCUCAAGAGAGACAACAUUUUAAAAGGUUUUUUUUUCAAUAAGUCUCUUUUUGUAAUAUGUUAUUUUCUGUCGCUGUACAUACAUUUUUUUUUUUUUUAUGGCCAGAUACUAUGUAUGACUCCUGUUUCUGCUAAGAUUGAGAUUAAUUUCUUUACUGAAAUAAAAAGUGGGUUAUUUUGUGUUUGCGUUCUGAUUUUGUGUUGCCUAUUUAUGGUUCUACCUUUGGGAGUUACUUUUUUAAUCUCAGCAUUAUUUAGAUCCAGACAUAGGUGGAAUUGCUGAAACACUCACCUAAGACUCUUUUGUUAUUUCUAAAACAGUUUAGGGGAACACAAUAUCGUAUGCUUCUAGUGACGUCCUUUAGAUGAAUCAUGAAACAAAGCUCUGGACCAGCUGCCCACUCUGUGGCAUCCUUGUAAGACUGGAUGUAAGAAGAGUCUGUUCAAGUCUUUCUUCUGGGACCACUUGCUGGUUUCUUACUGCAAUUUUAAUUUAAUAAUAUGCAACCUAGUUUCUUGACAUAACUAUGACAUAAUAUUGGCAUAUUCUACGUUAGGGUAAGUGUCUCUUCUUUUGGUCAAAAUUGCAAUAGUGUGAGUCUUAAUGCUUGUAGGAAGAUACGUAUUUUCAGAUACAAAGCUACUGCCUUGCAUAGUGGUACUUGCACAUGUAGGGAAAUUUCUGCAGAAUUUUUUUUGGAACUAUGUUGUAGAACAGAAAGGUUCUUCAUGUUGUAGUAGGAGCUUGUUCACACAGAAAAAGCACUUGGUUUGCACAAGGAUUUUCUUUAAAACCAUUGAAAAAUCGGUUUGGAUUUAUAAGUGAUGUAAACAGUAAGAAAAUGGGUAUUU